AUGCAAAAGAAGCCAGAUCCAGGUGCAGUCACUAUUCCCUACACAAUUGGAACUAUGGAGUUCACUAAAGCACUGUGUGAUUUGGGAGAAAGCAUUAAUUUGAUGCCAUUGACUAUUUAUAAAAAGUUGGGUCUGGGGAAUUCUACGCCCACCAACAUGAGACUGGUGAUGGCGGGCAGGUCAGUAAAGAAGCCUAUUGGCAUUCUGUAUGAUGUGUUGGUAAGGGUUUCAAAUUUUAUAUUCCCUAUAGAAUUUGUCAUUCUGGACUGUCAGAUUGACUUUGAGGUGCCCAUAAUCUUGGGUCGACCUUUCCUGACAACCAGAAGUGUGUUGAUCGAUUUGAGAGAGAAUGAGCUCUUAUUCAGGGUGAACGAUGAAGUGGUAUGGUUUGAUGUAGGCAAAUCAAUGAAACAACAUGAGGAAAUGAGUGUGUUCUCAGUAGUUGAUGUGUAUUUUGAGGACAAACAGGAUGUGCCCUAA